UGUAAUCAUAAAAAUCACAAUUUAUUGUCAUGUGAAAACAUACCUUAAAAGUUUUAGGUGGCAUAGCAAUUGCAUUGUGUUACUUCCUUUAGUUAAUUUCUUUUAAUACUUAAAAAUGGCAGUUAAAAAAGUUCGAUGCACGCAUGCAUCGUUGCAAAUACCUAUGCAACGUAUGAAGCAAAUAAUUUCAAUAAAUGAAAAAGACAAAAAAGCAAUUGUUAUUGCACAAGAAAUUAAAUUUGCUCGAUUACUUUCAAGUAAUGAUAAAAUAAUUCGAGAUAGAGUAUUAAAAAAUUUAAGAAAGUGGUUAACAGUUCGUUCACAAAGUUCAUUUACAUUCACAGAAGCAGAUUUUAUGCGAUUAUGGAAAGGUUUAUUUUACUGUAUGUGGAUGUCAGAUAAACCUUUAAUUCAGGAAGAACUGGCAGAAUCUCUUAGUAAAAUUGUCCAUUGUUUUAAAACUAAAGAUAUAAUACUACUUUAUAUAUUAUGUACAUUAAGAACAUUAGGGAUUGAAUGGUUUGGUAUAGAUCAAUAUAGGUUAGAUAAAUUUUGUAUGUUAGUUCGAAGAAUAAUUCGACAAAUUUUUCAAAAAUGUAAAGAAAAUUUAUGGGAUAUUGAAUGGAUAAAAGGUUUUUCUGAAAUACUUGAAAAAUUAUUAGUAGACCCACAAAUAUGUCAAGGUUUUAACAUGCAUAUAACAGAAAUAUUUUUAGAAGAACUUUCAAAGAUCAGUAAUGGAAAUGUACCAGAAGAUGUUGUUACAGAACUUAUUAAACCAUUUAUUUCAUAUUUUAUACCUAUGGAUGAUGAAAGACAAAUUAGACAUAUUAUGAGGCAUAUUUUCAGAUAUUUAAUUUUUCAAUCAGAUAUUGGUAUAGAUUAUAUGGAGAAAUUUAAAGCUUGGAGAGAUGCUGGUUUUCCUGCUGGUUCUAUUGAUAUUAUGGAAAAAAUUGAACUAUCAGAUGAUGAAAUAGAUGAUAAUAUUACUGAAGUAAAAGAACAAUUUCUUCAAAAUCAAAUAAAUUGUGAUGUAGAAAAACCACUAGAUCCAAGAGCUGGUAGAAUAGAUGUUGAUUUGCCUCAAAUACCUUUUAAUUCUGAAAAGAUAGCUAUAUUGUUAAAUAAAUAUAAAUUUCAUCCAUCAUCAACAACAAAAUCACGUAGACAAUUACGUCGUCUUAUUAAAGAAUUUACAGAAUUAUCAGAAGGUAAAAUGCCAUUAGGUAUUAAGGAAAUAAAAAUCUCAAAAAUACAAAAGAAAAAUAUAGAUACAAAAUCGGCUGCAAUACGUCUUUUAAAAUUUGAGAAUGAACUAUACAUGGAUAAGUUACAAAAAGGACGCAAGAGAAAAAAAAACAAACAAUUAAUGCAAAAUAAUGAAAAUAAUAAAUCUAGUGAAGAAGAAUUAGAAAAUAUUAGUGAUGAAAAUAAUAGUAAAAGUGAAUCUACAGAAAUAGAUGAAAAUGAAAUUAUAAAAAAAAAGAGAAAAUUAAAACAUAAAUUAAAUACUAUUAAUUAUUUAACAGAUACAAAUUUACAAAUAUCAGAUAAAAACAGUCUUAAUAUGAAAAAAACAAAAUAUAAAAUAAUAGAAAAGAAUCAGAAUCAAAAUAUUUAUAAAUCAAAUUUAAAAAAUAAUUAUAAAAGGAAGAAUCAUUUAUUAAUUGAAAAUAUACAUGAAAAUAAAAAAAUAAAAUUAAAAAAAAGUAAAAAUACAACUGUAAAAACAUUAAAUAUUAUCACUCAAGCAAAGAGGAAAAAAUCAACAAAAUUAAAAAAUACUGGGAAGUGGAAUGUUUCUGAUCAUGUAGAGGCACCUAUUUGUUCAUUGAAUAAUAACACAAAAUCAUUUCAAAACAAUUCAAAAAUUGUUGAUAAUUCAGUUAUAAAUAAUCAUGAGCAAGAAAAUAUACUCAAUAAAAAGCCAAUAUGGUUAAUGCCUAUACUAACAAAAUUAAAAAAUGAAAGAAAUAAUAAAAAUUUGAAAGAACAACAUAAAAUAAGAACUACUACAAAUUCCAAAAAACGAGUAAAAAUUGCUCUUCAAUGUAAUACAGCUCAACAUACAUCUGAAUAUAUUUCACAAAUUCGGAAAAGCCCAGCUAUACCUUUUGAUGCAAAUAAAAAACCAUUAGCAGGUGUAUUAAAAGCAAGUCCUAUACCAAGUCCAAUUAAUCCAUUUUAUAAAAAAAGUAUUCUAUAAAAUAUUUAAUAUAUUAAUAAACGACUUAAUAAUUAUUUGUUAAUAAAACAAAUAAAGAUAGAAUUGUAUAAAAUAAA